AUGCCAGCUAUUCCCUCAUCUGUGCAUCAGCUCGGAAAUUCCCUCAUUUAUCGCAGCCUCAACGAGGCCUCACCAGUGACCACGCAAAGAGUCCUUGAAGUCGUUUGUGCCUGGCCUGUGUCAGGACAGUAUGGGCCUGGAACGCGAGUCUUGUAUUACGCUUCGAUAGCAGCCUGCAUUGUCGCCCGCAAACAGAAGUGGAUUCGCAGCGCCUGCCUUGCUGCUGCUCUUCUAUUCCCUGCGGUUGCGGCUCUUCAUGGGAUUGUUCUGGCAUGCCUUCACACAAGCGGGGCUGUCGAUAUGGACGUAUACGGAGCCUUUCAAUUAUGUGCUAUUGGGAUACUCACCGCACCGUUAACGGUGAGACUGUCGAAGACAUAUUUCGAAAGUCCCGGUCGCGACUUGAUCUCCCUUUGGACCGUUCUCCUCCUCGCCGGACUCGUCAGUUUGACUGUCGAGUUCAUCCGUCUGAGUCCAACCAUUUGCCCUCCUGAUGAUCCAGCCUCAAUCUCCUGGCACCUCACCGGGAAUUUCUACUAUAACAGCACCUGCAGUAUGACGUGCGGUGAGGCGGGUCCCUUUUCACCACUACGACAGGGCGCAGCCAACAACAUCUACGUGAUUCCUGCACCGUACCAAUUAACUUUCAAUGCGGCAACACUUCUGGCAGCGGCCUGCUGUAUUCCUGCAAUAUUGUGCCUUGUCUCCGUUUGGAUCAAGAUCCUGGAGAAGAACUGGGAGAACUUUGCUGGCAAAGGCCAAGUUGGUGAGGGGGCCGACGAGGAACCGAUCAUGGGCACCAACGGAAUCACACCCAAGCAAAUGAGCGAAAUCACCAAGACAGUGUGGGAUUGGCUCCAGUUCAUUGAGAUCCCGAUCUUCACCGCAGCUGUCCUCGCCAUUAUGAUAAAGGGUGAAAUGAAUUUCUUCAGCGGUCCAGUGGAUUACCAAACGGAACCCAUCCAAAGUAUAGGGCAAUGGGCGCCAAUUGUGGGAACUACGCUUGCCGCAUUAGGCUCGUUGUAUCUUUCCUUCGCGACGGCCAUGGACGCAGAGCAAAGGGCAGCGCUCCAAGGUCUCUACCAUCCGAGGGCAGAUGCCCCAAUAGCGCAGCAUAUAGAGUGUCUUCAAUGUACCCAUAUCGUUCCACAUCACAAGGUCGAAGCAGCAAUUGAGAAUGCAAGCCCGGCAUGCUCCAACUCCGACUCUUCCAGUGUGCCACACGCCUCCAGUAAUCAAGCCAAGACUCAAGCCGAAAUGUCUUUGAGCACCGGUGGGAGGACGACAGUCACAAACUUUUUUAAUCGCCUCAGCAAGACGCUGGCUACUAAGGCCCAUGAGCAAAUGAAUGGGUCCGGCUUCAAUGCUACGAAGAAGUCUUUUCCUCAGAUUCCGGGGGAGGGUCUUCGCAAUGGAAGGCUGCUAGCUACCCAAGAAGCGUUCGCGCGCCUGCCGAGAUCCAGAGCGACAAGCAUCACUGGCAGUGUGAUCUCUGUCUCAACUAAUGGCGAGGGGAGUUCCAGGAUACCUCUUCCCCUAGCGGAUCAAAUUACACUGCAAGUCCCAGCCCAAACUCACAGGCCCGGGCCUCGUUUGUAUGCCCACUCCUUUCCAUCCAACAGAAGCUCUUUAGAGAGGCCAAACACCCCUCAAGCCCAGUAUAAUGUCCCUGGGAGUCACGAGAAUGUCUCUGCAAUAGCCCAACAAUCCAGACAGCCGUCUACGAUGCAAUCCAUGGCUGUAAUACAAAGCAACGCCAUUUCGUCAUCGGAUAUUCAACCGUCUACGCCGAUGAUUCUCAUUUCUUCCAGUCAUGAAUGUGUGGAUAGAUCAGUGUGA